CCUCAGUCACGAUAAAUGAAAAGACUACGCUAACCUACUGUGCAGACUGCAGUGCCAAAGAAAAAAAAAGUAAAUGUCAAGUGUCACCCGUCAAUGUUGUAAAAUUGUUGGUCUUUUCUUGUCGACGGCUAACGAGAAUAUCCAUCCAAGAUGGGUAAGAUUAUGAAACCAGGAAAGGUGGUGCUGGUCCUCAGUGGCCGGUACGCUGGCCGAAAAGCCAUUGUAGUAAAGAACUACGACGAAGGCACAUCAGACAAACCCUAUGGUCAUGCCUUUGUUGCCGGCAUCGACAGAUAUCCUAGGAAAGUCCACAAGAGGAUGGGCAAGAAUAAAAUUCACAAAAGAUCGAAGGUCAAGCCUUUCGUUAAGGUAGUAAACUACAAUCACUUGAUGCCAACCCGUUACUCACUGGACAUCAGCUUUGAGAAAUUCAGUGCGAAGGACUUAAAAGACCCAGCUAAGCGCAAGAAGCUUAGAUUCAACACAAGAGUCCGCUUUGAGGAGAGAUACAAGAGUGGAAAGAACAAGUGGUUCUUCCAAAAACUUAGAUUCUAAGCUGUACUAUAAAUAAAAUUGCAAAAACA